GCUUCCACGUGAUCCCUUCAGUGUCCAGCAUCGUUCCCGAGAGCUGCCUGCUCAUUGUGGUUGGCCUUUUGGUCGGAGGGCUCAUCAAAGGGGUGGGUGAAAAGCCCCCCAUCCUCAAAUCAGACAUUUUCUUCCUCUUCCUCCUCCCACCCAUCAUCUUGGAUGCUGGCUAUUUCCUUCCUUUGCGCCAAUUCACUGAGAACCUGGGCACCAUCCUCAUCUUCGCCGUGGUGGGGACACUCUGGAAUGCCUUCUUCUUGGGUGGCCUGAUGUACGCCGUGUGCCAGCUCGGUGGCCCUGGCUUGAACCACAUUGGCCUCCUGGCCAACCUGCUCUUCGGCAGCAUCAUCUCAGCCGUGGACCCGGUGGCCGUGCUGGCUGUCUUUGAGGAGAUCCACAUCAACGAGCUGCUCCACAUCUUGGUCUUCGGCGAGUCCCUUCUGAACGACGCCGUCACGGUCGUCCUCUACCACCUCUUUGAGGAGUUUGCCAACUUCGAGCAGGUGACCAUUAUUGAUAUCAUCCUCGGCUUCCUCAGCUUCUUCGUGGUGUCACUGGGUGGUGUCUUCGUGGGUGUAAUUUAUGGAGUGAUCGCUGCCUUCACCUCCCGCUUCACCUCCCACAUCCGUGUCAUCGAGCCCCUCUUCGUCUUCCUCUACAGCUACAUGGCAUAUCUCUCUGCUGAGCUCUUCCACCUCUCCGGCAUCAUGGCGCUCAUCGCCUCCGGCGUGGUCAUGCGGCCCUAUGUGGAAGCCAACAUCUCCCACAAGUCCCACACCACCAUCAAGUAUUUCCUUAAGAUGUGGAGCAGCGUGAGCGAGACACUCAUCUUCAUCUUCCUGGGUGUCUCCACCGUGGCUGGUCACCACUACUGGAACUGGACCUUUGUCAUCAGCACGCUGCUCUUCUGCCUCAUUGCGAGAGUUUUAGGUGUCCUGGUCCUCACCUGGUUCAUCAACAAGUUCCGAAUUGUGAAGCUGACGCCAAAGGACCAGUUCAUCAUCGCCUACGGGGGCCUGCGGGGAGCCAUCGCCUUCUCCCUCGGUUACCUCCUGGACUAUAAGCAUUUUGGCAUGAGGGACAUGUUCCUCACAGCCAUCAUCACAGUCAUCUUCUUCACAGUCUUCGUGCAGGGCAUGACCAUCCGGCCCUUGGUGGACCUGCUGGCCGUGAAGAAGAAGCAGGAGACAAAACGCUCCAUCAACGAAGAGAUCCACACGCAGUUCUUGGAUCACCUUCUGACAGGGAUCGAGGAUAUCUGCGGUCACUAUGGGCAUCACCACUGGAAGGACAAGCUGAAUCGCUUCAACAAGAAGUACGUGAAGAAGUGCCUGAUUGCGGGGGAGCGCUCCAAGGAGCCCCAGCUCAUCGCUUUCUAUCACAAGAUGGAGAUGAAGCAGGCGAUCGAGCUGGUGGAGAGUGGGGGCAUAGGCAAGAUCCCCUCCGCUGUCUCCACCGUCUCCAUCCAGAACAUCAACCCCAAGACCCUCCCUGUGGAGCGCAUCCUUCCAGCCCUGUCCAAGGACAAGGAGGAGGAGAUCCGGAAAAUCCUUCGCAACAACCUGCAGAAAACCAGGCAGAGGUUGCGAUCCUACAACCGGCACACGCUGGUGGCCGACCCCUACGAGGAAGCCUGGAACCAGAUGCUCCUGCGGAGGCAGAAGGCCCGGCAGCUGGAACAGAAGAUGAACAACUACCUGACAGUGCCGGCUCACAAGCUGGAUUCACCCACCAUGUCCCGGGCUCGCAUAGGCUCAGACCCUCUGGCCUACGAACCCAAGCCGGACUCGGAGAACCUGCCCAUCAUCACCAUCGACCCAGCCUCCCCGCAGUCCCCGGAGUCUGUGGACCUGAUGAACGAGGAGCCCAAGGGCUGCGGUGGCCUCCCACCCUCACCCGAGGAGGAUGAGGAGGGGCUGGUGAUGCGGGUGAAGGAGCCUUCCUCCCCCGGUACCGACGAUGUCUUCACCCCGGGGACUGGUGACAGCCCCAGCAACCAGCGGAUGCUGCGAUGUCUGAGCGACCCGGGGCCUCGGCCGGAGCCGGAGGAGGGGGAACCCUUCAUCCCCAAGGGGCAGUAG